AUGUGCCAUCUUCGAGCAGCAUCACCAACACCCUCGUUCGAAGAGCAUGCCGACAUUCAAGCAGGUCGCGAGACCGCUUCAGACAUGUUCUACCUGUCUGCAACCCCCCAAGAGGCACAGGUCCAGCAAAGCGCAUCUCCAGCCCCCUCAUCCCCUCCUCCUCAUAUCAGCAUCCGCGCCCUCCGCAGCGAAGAAAAGCGCCUCGGUAAAAAGGGCGUCCCCAUCGUGGGUUCUCGCCGCCGACGCGCCGCCCUCAAGACCUCCAGCCAAAUCCCCUUCGAGCAGCUCCCCUACCAAUGCUUCCAGGAGGCGCGGAAGAUAUUACAGGCGGACAGGGAAGAGAAGAUCCACCAGAUUGAAGUACAGCGGGCUCGGAUAGCCAGGCUAGAGGCUCAAGAUGCUGCUGUCAGUGGCGGCGAGCUGUACAAGAAGAACCGGUUGGAUAGCAUGAGGAGGCAUCUGGAGGAGUUGAAGAUCCUGGCGGAUAUCAAUGAUCCGUUAAUCAAGAAGAGGUUUGAAGAUGGAUUGGGCAACAUGAACCGACCCAUCUACCGCUACCUCGCAGACCGCAAGUGGCGCCAGUACAAGCGCCUAAUUCUAGAUCAGCGCAUCACCCAGCACAACAUCGUCCCGGACGUUCUGCCGAACAUGGACCCAGUAGCCGAUGUGGACGUCGCCUUCAGUCAGCGCAUCGUACAGCCCGGCGACGUCGUGGAAUCGCGCCGGACUGAGAAACCGCCCACACUGCGUGUACAAGUGUUCGACAAGGGCGAGCGGCUUGUCACCGUUGCAGUCAUAGAUUCUGACGUGCCAAAUGUGGAGAAGGAUGCGUUUGAUUUCAGGUGUCAUUUCUUGGCUUGCAACGUUCCGCUCUCGCCUGUCACACCGUCAAUGCCGUUAGGCACCAUGCCGAAGGAGAACGUGGUGCUGCCGUGGCAGCCGCCGUUCGCGCAGAAGGGGGCGCCGUGGCAGCGCAUGUCGGUUUUCAUCUUGCAGCAGCGGGAAGGCAAGAUUGUCGACGUUGCUGCAGUGAAGGAAAAUACCGAGAGGCACGGAUUCGUCUUACGCAGCUUCGUUGAUAGGCAUCUUCUGAAGCCCGUCGGCGUUGGGUUGUUCAGGAGCAAGUGGGAUGAGUGGACGGAGGGCGUGAUGAAGCGGGCGGACAUCGAAGGCGCGGAUAUCGAGUUCAAGAGGAAGAAGAUUGAGCCGCUGCCUUACAAGAAGAAGGACGGAGCUAGGUACCGGUAA